GGAGCUGUGUGAGCUUCUAUCACCCCCUGUCACUGUCCCGCGUUUCCCCUCUGUGAACCCAGUUACUGCACCUACUAAGCUACCGCCGUUCCUGAUGCCCCUUUAUUAGCUCGUUGCCCGCCACUUCCACCUCCUCUCCUGCCUCCUCUCUUGCCAGUACCAGUGUUUGAAGAUCACUCGUCUCGUACACUCCAAGGCGGCCUCCCAGAGGAAUACAUCACCUUUCUUUCAGACAUAAAAGCGAGCCCUGCAUCAUUUUCCCCGUGCUCAACACAAAACCAGUCUCGAAAUUACCAACCUCAUACUUGCCUCAGGUCCCGCCGACUGCCCAACAUGGUCCAUCUCAGCAGGGUCGACUCCAAGCUCCACGAGAGCGACGACCUUUCCAAGGAGGUCAGGAAGCUCCAUAUUGAAGCAGCAACGGACAAUGACAACUUCACCACCUCCGUCUAUGGCUCCAAGUUCGCGACCCAGGAUCUGCCUCGUUAUGAGAUACCAGACGGGGAAAUGCCGAGAGAAGCUGCCUACCGUUUGAUCAAGGAUGAGUUGUCACUGGACGGAAAUCCCAUGCUCAACCUUGCUUCCUUCGUCACCACCUACAUGGAGGACGAGGCCGAAAAGCUCAUGAGUGACGCCCUCUCCAAGAACUUCAUAGACUACGAGGAGUACCCGAAGACAGCCGAGAUGCAGAACCGUUGCGUUAACAUGAUAGGAAGUCUUUUUAACGCUCCGGUCGGAAAUGGAGAAGAGGCCAUCGGAACAAGCUGCGUGGGCUCUUCCGAAGCCAUCAUCCUAGGCGUCCUGGCCAUGAAGAGGCGCUGGAAGAACAAGCGCAAGGCCGAGGGGAAAAGUACCGAGAAUCCCAACAUAGUGAUGAAUAGUGCAGUCCAAGUCUGCUGGGAGAAAGCCACCAGAUAUCUCGAGAUAGAGGAACGACUGGUCUACUGCACCGAGGAGCGCUAUGUUAUCGACCCCAAGCAAGCUGUCGACCUUGUGGAUGAGAACACCAUCGGUAUCUGCUGCAUCCUAGGAACUACUUACACGGGCGAGUAUGAGGAUGUCAAGGCCGUCAAUGAUCUUCUGGUUGAGCGUGGCUUGGAGACGCCCAUACAUGUCGACGCGGCAUCUGGCGGAUUCGUCGCGCCGUUCGUGAACCCAGACCUUGUGUGGGACUUCCGCCUUCCCAGGGUCGUCUCCAUAAACGUGUCAGGCCAUAAAUAUGGACUUGUUUACCCUGGUGUGGGCUGGGUUAUAUGGCGAGAUGCCGAGCAUUUGCCACAGGAGCUUGUGUUCAACAUCAACUACCUAGGAUCAGAUCAAUCGUCUUUCACACUGAACUUCUCCAAAGGAGCAUCGCAGGUCAUCGGACAGUACUACCAGCUCAUUCGCCUGGGCAAGAAAGGCUACACCCAGAUCAUGAAGAACCUCACUUUGACAGCUGACUAUCUAAGUUCAAAUUUACAAGCCUUGGGCUUCAUCAUCAUGAGCCAAGGGAGUGGAGCAGGUUUGCCGUUGGUGGCCUUCCGCCUGCCGCCGGACACCGAAGGGGAGAGGCCUUAUGACGAGUUUGCCCUAGCACAUCAACUUCGAGUUCGUUCCUGGAUCGUACCAGCGUACACCAUGGCUCCAAAGACCGACAACCUGAAAAUGCUGCGUGUUGUUGUAAGAGAGGACUUCACCCGAAGCCGCUGUGAAUCCCUCAUCGCAGAUAUCAAGCUGUGCAUGGGUCUGCUUGAGAAAAUGGUCAAGGCCGAGGUUGAACGUCAUCAGAAAACUAAGCACCAUCUCCGAGAAUCCACACACAAUCAUCCCAAGUUCAAGAACGAGAAGCACAGUUUGCAGGGCAAGCACGGCAAGACACACGCUGUCUGCUAAUGAUCGCCAGCGUUUGCUGCCCAGGAUCACUUGAGUCGUUGUUGCAAAGUUUCAUUGAGCCGCAUAAAAAAUGAAGGCGGAAGUCAUCGGGAGGCCAUCAGGUUUUGCGGUGGAUUACAAUUUUUGCGUAACGUAGUGAAUGAUAAAAACCAACACGAAUACAAUUGAUUUGAUUGUG